AACCCCAAGGUUUAAAGAAACCAAAUUUCGUCCGCCGGAGACGCCGCGUUUGGAGAAAGCAAGAAGAAAAUGAUACCUGAGCAAUGGGCUUCUCCUUGUGGAAAUCAAUGCACUCACAAAUACGCUGCUCUCAUGCAAAUUCCCUGGAGAGUGUUCUGCAAAAAAGGGUGUAGUGCGGAUGGAGAGACAUGGGAAGAAUGUUUAUCAGAGUGUGAUGAGAUAUGCUAUAAGGAUCCUGUAUUAAAGGACCAGAAAUGGAGUGCUUACAUGGAUCGCUCCCCUGGAGCUACCAAUUACUCUCAGGUACUUAAUCUUAUAGCCAUUUUUUAUCCUAUUUUCUCACCUGUAAUGACCCUAAUUUUUUUUUCAUUUGUUUCGUACUUUUUCAUGUCUGAUAUGGUGAAUUUGCUGCUUACUUGGUAUGAGCUGCUUUAUGUUUUUCAUGUUUGAAAGAACAAACCUCUA